AUGGCGAUCAAAGGCGGGAAGCUAGACGGGGGAGAAUCUAUCCGAAAGCCUCCAGCAAGAAGAAAGGAUAAUGAGGUCAGUAAUGUGAAGAAAUAUGAUUCUAAUAACAUUACAGUAUCCCGACCUCAAGCCACAACAUCGUCUGCACCAAAUCCUGUUAAGCAAGGGGCGAAACAACCAAGACAAGAAAAUAAAAGGGUUCAAUUUGACCCCAUCCCUAUGACCUAUAAAGAACUAUUCCAGAUCUUGUACGACAAACAUGUGGUGUCAGCUUACCACACUUCUCCAAUGCAGCCUCCUUACCCAAAAUGGUUUGACAUCAAUGCUCAAUGUGAGUAUCAUGCGGGGGCAUCGGGGCAUUCAAUUGAAAACUGUAUGGCCUUUAAAAAGUUGGUGCAGAGAUUAAUACAAAGAAAUGUCAUCAACUUCGGUGACAGUGAGCAGCCCAAUGUGGCUCAGAACCCAUUAUCGAACCAUGCAAGGACAGGGGUUAAUGAUGUUAUUGAAGGAAGAGGGAACGGAGUUAUAACUAGAGUCAAUGAAGUGAAGUCGCCCAUGCAUUGGGUAUGGGGGAAAAUGGUCAAAGUAGGCUGGUUGACCUUUAAUGCUAACGAGAAUAAGCAUGCUUGCCCCUACCACAGUUGCGACGAUCAUGUCUUUCAAAACUGUGAUGAGUUUAAGGACUUGGUUCAAAGGCUGAUGGAUAGUAAAGACAUGGAAUUCUACCAUAAAGCUACGAAAGAGAAAGAGGUAGAGAUUUGUGCUUCCGAAGGCACAUCCAAGGGACUUUACAAUACUAACUGCCCUUUAGUCAUCACACCGAAAGCCCAGACUAUAGAAAGGUUAAUACCUAAAGUAGUGAUCAUGCCUCCAUCGUCCUUUCCUUAUAAGGACAACAAGCAUGUCCCUUGGAGGUAUGGAUGCCAACUAGAGAAUGUUGAGAGUUCAGAGGUUGCUAUGGAAGAGGUGGAUGAGGUAGGCCACUUCACUAGAAGUGGGAGAUGUUAUUCUCCCAACCAGACAAGUGAACCCGAGAAAAGAGCGGCCGUUAAAAAAGGGAAAAGGGUUGAGAUAUUGCUGAAAGAUGAUGAGACAAGAAUUAAGGAGCCAGUAACUGAGAACAAGGCUGUGGAGUUUUUAAAAUUUUUGAAGCAUAGUGAGUACAACAUCGUAGAACAACUACACAAGUUGCCAGCUAAUAUCUCGAUUUUGGCUCUACUAUUAAGCUCUGAGGCACAUUGA